AUGACGACUGCCAAUCCAAUCAACUAUCAGGACUUCAUCCCUUCGGUACUUCAGCGGUUUGUGGCUGCCAGCGGAGAGAUCGGCAAGUCCGACCUUGAUCCUAAACUGCAUCACCUGCUGGAUCUCAGGGCAUCUCAGAUCAAUCAGUGCGCCUAUUGCGUAAAGAUGCAUAACAAGGAAGCUCUGGAUGAUGGCGAAAGCCAGGAACGUCUGCAGCGCCUGACCGUCUGGCGGCAUGUCGAGGAUUUCACGCCUGCGGAAAAGGCCGCAUUGGCCUGGACUGAAGCCUUGACGAACCUUGAUCCGAAGACGGACUAUUCCGUUCUCAGAGCCGAUCUGCGCUCCCACUUCUCCGACGGUGAAAUCAGCGCGAUCACAUCUUCGGUGGCGAUGAUCAAUCUCUGGAACCGGAUACAGGCGCGGCCACGUCUGCUCGGCCUGGCGUAUCGGAUGCUCGGCUCCAUGGCCGACGCCGAGGAUGCGGUUCAGGAUACCUUUGUCAAAUGGCAGAGCGUGGACGGAAACACGGUUUCAAAUCCUGAAGCCUUUCUGACCACGAUUUGCACAAAUCGUUGCCUGGAUUAUCUCAAGGCUGCUCACAGGAAACGGGUCGACUAUGUCGGCCCGUGGAUUCCCGAGCCGCUUCAGACCGAUGCCGGUUCCGAUCCGGAAACCGAUCUGGAGCGGGCUCAAUCGUUGACGACGGCGUUUCUCAUGCUGCUGGAAAGGCUGACGCCAAAGGAAAGGGCGGCUUAUCUGCUUCGGGAAGUGUUCGGAAAACCUUAUCCGGAAGUCGCCGACACGCUGCAGAUGAGCGAAGCCGGAUGCCGUCAACUGGUCUCGCGCGCGGGCCGGUUUGUCCGGUCGCUUUCUUCAAGGUCUGUUCCCACUCCUGACCAGCAAAGUGCUCUACUCAAGGCAUUCAUGUCUGCGCUUGCAACCGGAUCGACGGACAAAUUGGCGGCGCUUCUGGCGGACUCUGUUCAGCUUCGGACGGAUGGAGGUGGAAAGGCCACCGCGAUCACCCGCACGCUCCAGGGAUCGGAUGUCGUUUCCAAAUCCAUCGCCAAAAUCCUCAGCCGCUUGUGGACGGAAGACCGGACUGUCGAGAUUGAAAUCAACGGAUUGCGAGGUCUGGUCGAGUACGACGGUGCGCGCAUUGUGACUGCGACGACGUUGGGAUUUGACACGUCCGGACUGGUCGACCAGGUGUUCAUGAUCCGAAACCCCGAAAAGCUUGCACGACUUGAAAAUCGCAUUCACCACGAUGCGAAAAGCGGCGCUCUUUGGCGCUGA